CACCCAACAACCACGCUACCCAGCAGCAGCAGGCCACAAGUAGCACAGCCAAACAAUGUGUUUCUCGCACCCAACAACUUGACCCCCUCUUCCUCCCUCUCCCUCUCCCUCUCUGUGCGUGUUGACAAGUUGUCCGCUGUCCUCGCAGUGGAUAGUCCGGCCGCUCCUCUCUUCUUCUUCUUCGAAUCAAGGUCGAGCUGCAUGCUGCCUGCCUGAACAACAUCAAAGUUGCCGAAUUCUCCGGUGAUACCAAUGGAUUUGGUGGUAUUUAUUGCCUGAUUCUGAUAUCCGUUGGACUCAACAUCAUGGACAACUUCCCCAAGCUCUCAGUGGCCAUAUCUCAUAGCCAAGCCCCAUCACGUGCCUACCUUUUGGUCCAUGAUGUACCCACAUCCCAAUAUCAGUGGUGGCGCGCCAUCACGAUGAACAAUCUAAAGCUUGGCGUUGAGGUUGUCAGUGCUCAUGACCUCCUCCCUAAGGAGCAGGGCACAGCCAAUGCCUUUGUAGAGGUUGAAUUUGAUGGCCAGAAGUUCCGCACGGCCAUCAAAGACAGCGACAUCAACCCUGUCUGGAACGAGCAGUUCUUCUUCAACAUAUCAGAUCCAUCUCACCUCCAAGAGAAAGAGCUCGAGGCGUAUGUGUACCAUGCAAAUCGCGCCAGCAACAACAAGACUUGCCUCGGCAAGGUUCGCAUCUCCGGCACAUCCUUUGUCAGCCAAGCUGAUGCUGCGCCCCUGCAUUAUCCCCUGGAGAAGCGCACCAUCUUAUCACGUGCACGUGGUGAGCUUGGCCUCAGAGUUUUCCUUACAGAUGAUCCGUCUGUGAGGGUGUCUGCUCCAGGUCAGGAUUUUGAUUUCGCAAGCACGCCCACCACUGCCCAAGAGCAGGCUGUCGCCAAUGCUAUCCCAAAUCCUUUCCAAGACACCAGGAUAAAUCAAGUCAGACAAUUCCAACACUUGCCACGGGAACAGCAGCAGCGUCCACCACCCCUGGCCGGACAGCAAUACUACGCACAAGGUCAGGGUUCAUAUGGAGAGCAGCAACAGAGAAGCUACUCUGCUGCAGGGAUGAAAACUGAAGCCCCUCAGGUAGCAAGGAUGUAUUCCGCAGGUCCACAGCAGCCUGUAGACUUUCAGCUCAAGGAGACAAGCCCAACACUUGGUGGUGGGCGUAUUAUUCACGGCCGGGUGAUGCCUGGUGAGAAGGCUGGGGCAUAUGACCUUGUCGAGAAGAUGCAAAUCCUCUUUGUGCGUGUCGUCAAGGCCCGUGAACUGCCCCACAUGGACCUCACUGGGAGUCUUGACCCUUAUGUUGAGGUGCACCUUGGCAACUACAAAAUGAAAACAAAGUUCUUUGAGAAGAACCAGAGGCCUGAGUGGGAUGAGGUGUUUGCCUUCCCUAAAGAAGUAGUGCAGUCAUCGACACUUGAAGUUGUUGUCAAGGACAAGGACAUCCUUCGGGAUGACUAUGUCGGUCGGGUGAUGCUUGACCUGAAUGAGGUACCUGUAAGGGUCCCUCCUGACAGCCCCUUGGCGCCAGAGUGGUAUCGCCUUAUGGGCAAGGAUGGGAUGAGGGACAGAGGGGAGUUGAUGCUUGCAGUCUGGUACGGAACCCAAGCAGAUGAAUGCUUCCCAAGUGCCAUUCAUGCAGGAACAACACCAAUAGAUUCCCAUCUUCACAACUAUAUCCGUGGAAAGGUCUACCCUACACCGAGAAUGUGGUACGUCAGGGUCAAUGUAAUUGAGGCACAGGAUAUAUUCACAAUGGAACACCACCACAUACCUGAUAUGUUUGUAAAGGUGAGGCUGGGUCACCAACUGCUGAAGACAAGGCAAGUUCGCUCACCAACCAAGAACUUCAUGUGGAAUGAAGAAAUGAUGUUUGUCGCAGCAGAGCCUUUUGAGGAUGACUUGAUCAUACAAAUAGAAAAUCGUGUUGCACAGAACAAAGAUGAGGUGAUUGGUGAAACUAUGAUACCUCUCGCAAGGAUUCAAAAGAGGGCUGACCACAAGGCAGUAGUACGUCCACUGUGGUUCGAUCUCAGAAGGCCAGGACUGAUUGAUGUGAACCAGCUAAAGGAAGACAAAUUCUACGCAAAGGUGAACCUUCGUAUUUGCCUUGAAGGUGGUUAUCAUGUGCUUGAUGAGUCAACACAGUAUUGUAGCGAUCUCCGGCCAACAAUGAAGCAGUUGUGGAAGCCACCAAUUGGGUUGCUUGAAGUUGGGAUUCUAAGUGCAAAUGGCCUCAACCCAACAAAGACCAGGCAAGAAAGGGGGUCAUGUGAUCCAUAUUGUGUUGCCAAGUAUGGUCAUAAAUGGGUGCGGACACGCACAAUUGUUGACAACUUGAACCCUCGGUUCAAUGAGCAGUAUACAUGGGAUGUCUUUGACCAUGGAACAGUACUCACCAUUGGUCUGUUUGACAACUGCCACAUAGGGGGAGACAACAACAACAAUCACAGCCACAGCCACAACCAGAGUCAUAGCCACAGCAGCAGUUCCCCCAGUCAUAUGGAUAAACCCAUUGGGAAAGUCCGAAUCAGGAUCUCAACCCUUGAGACUAGGCGGGUGUACACGCACACAUAUCCGCUGCUUGUCCUCCACCCAUCAGGUGUUAAAAAGAUGGGUGAAAUCCACCUUGCUAUCAGGUUCUCAGUCACAUCCCUGCUCAAUGUGUUCCUUACAUACUCACGUCCUCUCUUGCCCAAGAUGCACUACGCCCAGCCACUGUCAAUAGUCCAGCAGGAAAUGCUACGCCACCAGGCUGUGCAGCUUGUUGCACAGCGCCUGGGGCGCAUGGAACCACCAGUUCGCAGGGAAGUUGUUGAGUUCAUGUCAGACGCACGCUCUCACCUGUGGAGUAUGCGACGAAGCAAAGCAAACUUCUUCCGUCUGAUGCAAGUCUUCUCUGGAUUCAUUGCUGCAGGGAAGUGGUUUGGUGACGUUUGCCAGUGGAAAAACCCAGUCACCACAGUCUUGGUCCAUGUACUCUUCAUCAUGCUCGUCUUCUAUCCAGACCUUAUCCUUCCGACGAUCUUCCUCUACAUGUUCUUAAUUGGGUUGUGGAAUUAUCGGUUCCGGCCACGUGUCCCACCACAUAUGAACACAAGGAUAUCUUAUGCGGAUGUUGCUCAUCCAGACGAGCUUGAUGAGGAAUUUGACACGUUCCCAACCUCGAAGAGCGCUGACCUGAUUAGGAUGAGGUAUGACAGGCUACGACACGUUGCAGGCAGGAUACAGACAGUUGUUGGCGACAUCGCAACUCAGGGUGAGAGAUUGCAGUCACUGCUGAGCUGGAGGGACCCAAGAGCAACAGCUAUGUUCUUAUUAUUUUGCCUGUUCACUGCUAUUAUACUGUAUAUUACACCAUUUCAAGUGAUUGCGCUCUGCCUUGGGUUCUUCUGGAUGAGGCACCCACGGUUUCGCCACAAGGUGCCCGCAGCGCCAGUGAACUUCUUCAGGAGGCUACCUGCAAAGACAGACUCAUUGCUGUAAAGGUCCUUGGACAUGAGCUACCAAUGUUAUGUCACAGUUCUUUGUAUCUAUUUACUAUGUAAUACUGUUGUACAAUAGCAUUGGGUAAUAAUAUCUAUUGUUGUACCAUGUGAGAGAGCAAAAUAAGUCGAGUUGAUAAUUUUGUGGUUAAAAGUUAGGAGAUUAAGACUUUAAAGGUAUACCGUACAAAUUGUUUAUAAUAUGUUUGUAACUUUGGAUCCAUAAGAGUUUGUACAACCAAGUCAAGCUUGUUGCCCUCAAGCCA